AUGGCGGCACACGGACGCAAACGCGCAACGACACGGCUCCGCGAAGCCCUUCACGGAGACAAAUGUCUCAUAGGGCCCGGUGUCUUCGACGGAAUAUCUGCCCACGUCGCAAGCUCCGUCGGGUUCGACUUCCUGUACCUCGCGGGUAGUGGCACCAGCGGCUCCGUCUGCGGCGAACCGGAUCUCUCCAUCAUAACGCAGACAGAGCUGGCUGAUACAGGGAGAACGGUUACGAUGUGCACUGACAUCCCGGUCAUCGCAGACGCGGACACGGGGUUCGGAGGGCCGUUGAACGUCGCUAGGACGAUCAGACUGUAUGAACAUGCGGGCAUUGCAGGGUGCCAUAUCGAGGACCAGGUCUACCCGAAACGCUGUGGCCAGCUGAAAGGCAAGAAUAUCGUGUCGACAGAAGACUUCCUGGGGCGUAUCGGCAGCGCCAUAGAGGCCCGCCAGGAUCCCGACUUCGUCAUCAUUGCCCGGACGGAUGCCCGCCAGGCCGACGCCUAUGGGGGUAGUAGAGCCGGCCAGCAUGCGUUCGACGAGGGAGUCAGACGCCUCCGGGAAGCUGUAGAAGCCGGCGCGGACGUGGCCUUUAUGGAGUCUCCUCGAACGGAAGACGAAUGUGCUACUCUGGUUCGAGAGCUAGCUCCCACCCCGGUUUUGAUUAAUGUCCUCCCCGGUGGCCUUACUCCAAACAUAAAAACGGCGGAUUGUCAACGCCUCGGGUUCAAGGCUGCCAUCUACCCAUGCGCGGGUUUUAUUCCGGCCAUGUUGGCCAUGCAGCGGUCGUAUGGAGCGUUAAAGAAUGAAGGCACAGAUCGGCACCACUGUGAAGGGUAUACAAUCCAGGACUUCUUCGAGCGACUCGGUCUAGAGCAGGCCUGGGAUUUCAAUGAUAGGAUCGACAAAUGGAUUCAAACCAGAGCACCGCUCCCGCAGCGCCGCGCCGAAGGGUUGGGUGACUGGCCUGGCUAG